AUGCCUGCGCCAACAGCCCUCAAGGCUGCCUCUCAGGAGCCAGCAGCCAACAUCCCCCUCCCAGCCGAAUCCCAAGACGAAGACAUCCUCCUCGACGCCCCAGACGCAGCACCAGCAGAGGCAGAGGAGCCCCAACAACCCGCCGAGACAGACAUGCAGCUCGACGACGCCGUGGACGAGGAGGGCCGCCCGCGCUUCGCCCCGUCCUCGGCGCGGGGCGACGCCGUGCGCGUCGAGCACCGCAAGGUGCCCAUCCCGCCCCACCGCAUGACGCCGCUCAAGGCCUCGUGGCCCAAGAUCUACCCGCCGCUGGUCGAGCACCUCAAGCUGCAGUGCCGCAUGAACAUGAAGAGCAAGGCCGUCGAGCUGCGCACCUCCAAGGCCACCACCGACAACGGCGCGAUCCAGAAGGGCGCCGACUUCGUGCGCGCCUUCGCCCUGGGCUUCGACGUCGACGACGCCAUCGCCCUGCUGCGCAUGGACGACCUCUACAUUGAGACCUUUGAGAUAAAAGAUGUCAAGACCCUUCAGGGCGACCAUCUCGCCCGUGCCAUCGGCCGUAUCGCAGGCAAGGACGGCAAGACUAGGUACGCUAUCGAGAACGCGUCGCGGACAAGAGUCGUGCUGGCCGACUCCAAGAUCCACAUCCUCGGGGCCUUCAAGAACACGAGGAUCGCCCGGGAGUCUAUCGUCAGUCUGAUCCUUGGAAAGCCGCCUGGAAAGGUCUACAACGGCCUGAGGACUGUGUCGGCGCGGAUGAAGGAGAGGUUCUGA